AUGGCCUUUACCGACAGAACGAGUCAAAAUCUGCAGCGUCGCGGAGGCGACAAACAACAACAAUUGGAUGAGCACAUCCUACAACUGAAGAAGAUUUACGCGCAGGAACUUCAAUCUCUGAAGCAAUUGUUUAGCGAAUGGUCCGAUGCCGACCUUGUAGCAACCCUCGAAGAAGUAGGGGGUGACUUGGAUCUCGCAAUUGGACGCAUAUCUGAAGGACAUGCCGAACAAUGGGGUGAAGUCAAAAAGCGUGAGCGAAAGGAAAAACCUAAACAAGCAGCGCCUGCCAGUGAAGGAGUGGCUACGUCUGAGCGGCCAGCUCGCCCUCCAAAGCAAUUUGGAGCUCGUGAAACUACUCGUCCGGCGCGUGGUGGCACCUAUGCUGGUCGCGGUGGCCGUGGUGGCGGUCGAGGCGGUCGAGGCGGCGGUCGAGGAGGUGCUAUGCUUGGUGGUUUCCGAGGUGGACGCCCAACGAAUGGAUCACACAAAGCGGGAGAAGCGAAGGCUGAAGGGGAGAGCACAUCCACAGACGAAUGGGGAAAUGCUCCAGUCACUGGCGACUGGGGAGAAACAGCUAAAGAUGAUGCUGCUGAUGGAGGAGAGCCUGCGACAAACGAUGGUUGGAGUGGAGCCUCACCAGCUCAAACGGAUAGUUGGAGUGCUGACGUGCAGCCAGAACGGACUACAGCUUGGGGUGCCAGUCCUCAAACUGAAAACGUGGCAACUCAGCAAAAGAAAAAGGCCGUCAAACCUGAGGGGAAGCCUGUAAAGGCGGCGGAAACUGUGAAGGCUCCUGCACCAGUCACGGCGAAGCCAAAGUCAUGGGCUGCUCUUGUGAAGGGGCCAGAACCUGUCCCAGUAGCUGUACCAAAGUCGGAGCCGAAACAGUCCACUUCGGUUAAAAGCCCAGCUCCUGCAUCAGAGUCGGAAAACCUCAGUCCCGUCCGGGUCCCAAGUCCAGUUCGCGCAGCUAGUCCCGUCAAGAGCCCGGUCAGAGAUUCGAACAGGAUGGGUGCCGUGAAGACUCCUGAACCAGAGACAAAGUCCCCCAUCGCAGCACCAUCGUCGGUAUCAAAGGCGGCAACUCGACCUUCGAGCCCUCCCAAGCCGAGCUCUGCGGUGGCGACGCCGGUACAGGCACCAGCUCAGCCCAAGGAAGACACUACGGCUGGGAAAGCAUCUGCACCACCAGGCUUCAAGCAGGCUCGACCGGCACCAUUUAGCGGCAGGAAGCUAAGGCAAGAUGCUGCUGUUGUUAUGCCGUCGAAUGCUAGUCUCUCGUCUAUUGGUGUACAAUUCGGCUCGUUGAGAUUGGGUGGCAACUCGGACGUUGAGGAAGACGAAAAGGAGUCUGCAACAGCUCAGUCGGGCGUACAAAGUGCGAAAGCGCCAACGUCAGAAUUGGGCCCUUCACCUGGCGCUGCCGCGCCCCAGCAGCUCAACCCUGGUGCUCCCCAAGUUGGACUUGCACCUCAGCAUCUCCAGCAGCACCAACUGCAACACCAGCAACAGGUGCAGCAACAAGGAGCGCGUGAUAGUCGCAUUAACGCUACUUCAUCCAUGAUGCCGCAAAUAGCAUCUGGACUGCAGUCCGGUCUAGGCAAGCAAGCUGACGGCCUACCUGUCGGUCUCCCUUCGACUGGUCCAGCUGCCCCUGGCUUGCCGAAUGGAGUGGCUCCUUAUGGUUCGUAUUUCCCAAGCCAGCAGCUUGCAGCGGCUUCAGGCUUCGGACUGGGACAUAUGGGGAACCUUCCUGCCGAAUAUUCUGCUCUGUACGGUUCUGAUGCUCAAUCGAGGGCAGCAAUGAUGCAUGGAUACUACGAUCCAGCAGCGUAUCAACAAGCCGCUCCUUCAAAGUAUCAGGGGCAAGAGGCAACCACCGGGCAGCAAGCAUCUCAGACAGGUCAAGCAUCUCCUUCCAGCGGGCAGCAACAGCAAUCGCAGCAACCGCCACAACAGCAGCAGCCGCAGCCACAGCAAGGGUACCCUCUCCCAUACCCGUACUACCCGUACUAUCAUAUGAACCAGUUUCCGUCGUACCAAGGUUCUCCGUACGGGCAGCCGUUUGUAAAUAAGUCCAUGUACCCUGGCUAUCCUCAGCAAUCUCAACAACCUACCACUGGAGCCGCGGCGACACCAAAAGCAGGGGCUGCAUCGAACUCUGGCUAUGGAUAUUCUACGACUGGACAACAACACAGUCAAUCACAGCACCAAGGCCAACAUCAACCGCAACUUUACCAGCAAGGAUCGUACGAUGAUUUGGCUGCGGGUCUUGGUGGUCACGAAUAUAAGGGCGUAUACGGCGGAAUCCCUCAGCAGAGCUUUCAGAGCUUCGGACUGCAUCAAGGCGGCAUGCAGGGUGUAAGUGCUCAGAAUAAGGCGGGUCCAAAUAGCCAGACAGCGCAAUCCGCUGGACAGCAAGACUACAAAGCUCAGUCAGGGAACCGACCCCCACGCCAGACAUAUGAGGCUCACAAGUACCAGACCCCGACAGCUGCUACUGGAUCCCAACAACAAGGUGCUGGCACCGGAGCAACUGGAACUGGUACUCCAAGCGGGCCAGGGUCGUACUAUAAUCAGCAACAUCUUGCUGGGCUACAUUCUCAACAACCAGCGCAAGUUGGCAACCCGUACCUCCAGAUGCAUCACCAGUAUCAAGGGGCAAAUAUCUACGGGCAAGGCAGGCAACAAGGCCAAUACUGGAGUGGGCAAAGUUAA